UCUCUGAGUGAGGUUGGGCGGGAUUUUAAUAAGUGCAAUCAGUUCUUUUUGAGUAACAGCCCUCCUCAGUUUACACCAGCACUGAGCUCAUCAGCACACAUCUGUCAGUGUGUUUUGGACAACAAUGGUAAAAAAAAUUUGUCUUUAUGCAACUUUAUACAACACAGCAUGGAGGAUCCCCAUCUACUCUGCGUAUGUGUUUAAGAGCCCUAACAUUGGCAGGGGUGACGCCUGGUUCAUUGAACCUCAGCUGGAUAGUAUAAAUGAGCCAUGCAUGAGAGCUGAAGGACCCAAUAAUGGUAAUAACCAGGCUGUGAAUAGUGACUGUGUAGGAUCUAAUUAUGACAAAGGUCACCUCUACCCGGUGCAGCACACAAACAAUCAUCUGUCCAUGCUGGCCACCUCCACCCUGACCAAUGCCGCUCCACAGAAUCUAAACUUCAAUCGGGGUCAAUGGAGUACACACGAGAAGGCUGUUAUUCUUGAUCUGCAGUCCUGUGAUGAAGCUUAUGUGGUGACUGGUGUAGUUCCUGAUAUCAACUUAAGAAUUCCAACAAAUAAUCCUAGAGUUACUGUCUCAAAGUAUUACUGGAGAGCCACCUGUUGUAAAAAGGGACAAACAUUUAGAGGGAAGGGUUAUUUCGGUCCUGAUAACAAUGGCAAAGUGCAGUCAUUACCAAUUACAGGACCUACAGGCCUACAGCAAAAGCUGAUCAACGAUUACCAAGUGACAGGUAUUAUCAUUUUCCCAGGUGGUUGUAACUAGUUUAGCUUUUAAUAAUGGACCAGUUAUAAUAUUAUGAUAUUAUCAGCUACAUUAAUAUUUUGGUUUAAAUGAACUGUGCAGAACUGAGAAAGUAAUCUAUUCUGUGAUCCUAAAUCCUUAUUGUGCACGAUAGUCAUCUUCAGAAAGCAUUGUAAUGAUUUGUACAUUUAUUCUUACAAUCAAUAAAUGUAGUAUCCCAGUAUUUUAAAUCCAUUCACUGGUCAUUCUUUGUUUCUUUCUUUCUUUCUUUCAUUGUUGUUAUCAUUAUUAUUGUUGGCUAUUAUUAUUAUUGGUUAUAUUUUUAUAAUGUAUUUGCUUUAUUUUCCCCUUCAUUUCGUUUAACCUCCUAAUUAACAAUCUCUAUGUUAGGCUAA